AUGCCUGACCUCGAGGCUAACUCUCCCUCGUCUACUCCCGACCACCAACGCCAUGACUCCAAAUCAAUUGUCAAUGACAAAGACGCUGGAGGGGGUGACAGCCAUGAGACCAAGCACAUGUCCGCAUUCAAACAACUCGGUAUUCUCGACCGCUUUCUCGCCCUCUGGAUCUUCUUGGCCAUGGCAAUAGGAAUAAUUCUCGGGAACUUCGUCCCCAGUACAGGUCUCGCACUGCAGAGGGGAAAGUUUGUCGGCGUGUCCGUACCCAUUGCUGUCGGUUUGCUGGUGAUGAUGUACCCGAUUCUAUGCAAAGUGCGAUAUGAGACUCUACAUCGAACAUUCCGUGCCAAGAAGCUUUGGAUCCAGGUUGCUUUUAGCUUGCUGAUGAAUUGGAUUGUGGCUCCUCUGUUUAUGCUGGGCCUGGCGUGGGCGUUUCUUCCCGAUGAAAAAGGGUUGAGAGAAGGGUUGAUAUUGGUGGGGAUUGCUCGAUGCAUUGCCAUGGUCCUAAUUUGGACAGGUCUUGCCGGCGGAGAUGGAGAGUACUGCGCGAUCCUCGUGGCGAUCAACUCUGUCUUGCAAAUGAUUCUCUUUGCACCGAUGGCCAUCUUCUUCAUCCAAAUUAUCAGCGGUGCAGAUAAUCCGGGACUGCAGUAUUCCUUGGCAGCCAAGAGUGUUGGCGUCUUUCUCGGAAUUCCACUCGGCGCAGCCAUUGUGACCCGGUUCGGACUGCGCAGCUUGGCUGGGAGCAAAUGGUAUCAAGAGAAGUUUCUGACAUGGAUCAGUCCACUGUCACUGAUCGGCCUGCUCUUUACAAUCCUGAUCUUGUUUGCUUCGCAAGGCCGGCACGUGGUGCAUCAGAUUGUGUCAGUGAUUCGGGUGGCCGCUCCGCUGAUCGUUUAUUUUGCCGUGAUAUUUCUGGUGACGCUGUUGGUGACACGGAAACUUGGCUUUGGGUAUGAGCUUUCCUGUACCCAGAGUUUUACUGCUGCGAGCAACAACUUUGAGUUGGCGAUUGCUGUGGCCAUAGCGACAUUCGGCGUCGAUAGUGACCAAGCUUUGGCGGCCACUGUCGGGCCUCUGGUGGAGGUCCCCGUGUUGCUGGGGCUGGUGUAUGUAGUCAAGUGGUUUGGCAAGCGACAAAAUUGGUAG